AUCGCCCCUUUUGAUUUUAGCAACUUCCCCAAACCCCCCAAAAUCCUAGGGUUAGGGUUAGGGUUUUCUCAAUCAAAUCUCUAAAUUCUAAUCACUAUCCAACCCAGAAAACCCAAUCUCCCAUCCGACUCAUCAAUGUCUCGCACGCCGUGGAUUCUACUGCUCCUGCUCUGCUCUCUAGGACUCGCCUCCGCUCUCAAGGUACCCCUUAGAAUCAAGGACGUGCUUCCGGUGCUGCCACGUCAGAUAUCGUGGCCGGUGCUCAACAAUUUCCACAGUGCCGUGGAUUUGUUGCCGUCGUUUAUCGGGUCGGUGAGUCCCAAUAACGACUCGAUCCAAUGGGAAGGUGCUUGCUUUUCCGGCAACGAGGCCCGGUUAGAGUUCGUCGAAGGUGAUCGGGGUUUGGGCGGCGGCGUUCUCUAUCUCAGGACUUCAGAGGCACACAGUUGGGCGUGUAUGGAUCUAUAUGUGUUUGCAACGCCGUAUCGGAUAACAUGGGAUUACUACUUUUCUGCGCGGGAGCAUACGUUGAAGUUCGACUCAUGGGAAGAGCCUGCAGAGUUGGAAUAUGUAAAGCAGCAUGGAGUGUCUGUGUUUCUCAUGCCAUCGGGGAUGCUGGGGACGAUGCUCUCCUUGAUUGAUGUGUUGCCUCUGUUUUCCAACACUGUUUGGGGUCAAAAUGCAAACUUAGCUUUCUUGGAAAAGCAUAUGGGGGCAACCUUUGAGAAACGUUCUCAGCCUUGGCGUGCAACUAUAAAUCCUGAUGAUGUUCAUAGUGGUGAUUUUCUAGCACUUUCGAAGAUCCGGGGUCGAUGGGGUGGAUUUGAGACAUUGGAAAAAUGGGUCACGGGAGCAUUUGCCGGUCAUACAGCAGUGUGCUUGAAGGAUGAGAUGGGAAAACUGUGGGUUGGUGAAUCAGGACACGAGAACGAAAAGGGUGAAGAAGUUAUAGCAGUGAUUCCAUGGGAGGAAUGGUGGGAGCUACAACUCAAGGAUGGUUCUAAUCCACAGAUAGCCUUACUUCCCUUGCAUCCAGAGCUGCGUGAAAAAUUUAACUCUACUGCAGCAUGGGAAUAUGCUCGGAGCAUGUCAGGGAAACCAUAUGGUUAUCACAACAUGAUAUUUAGCUGGAUUGACACCAUGGCUGAAAACUAUCCCCCACCUCUUGAUACUCAUUUGGUUGUUUCUGUCAUGUCUAUGUGGACUAGGGUGCAGCCGGCUUAUGCUGCUAAUAUGUGGAAUGAGGCUCUAAACAAGCGGCUAAGUACUGAGGGAUUGGACCUGUAUGAGAUACUGGCUGAGGUUGAAAAUCGCGGGAUAUCUGUCGAUCACUUGCUUACUAUUCCAGAACAAGAUGAGUGGGUGUACAGUGAUGGCAAAUCUACAACCUGUGUUGCUUUCAUUCUUGCAAUGUAUAAAGAAGCCGGGAUUUUUGGUCCUAUUUCGAACUCUAUUCAAGUUACUGAAUUCACUAUUCGUGAUGCGUACAUGCUAAAGAUUUUUGAGAAUAACCAGACACGUUUGCCAAGUUGGUGUAACUUAGGGGAUGAAAAGCUCCCAUUCUGCCAGAUCCUUGGUGAAUAUCGAAUGGAACUGCCUGAAUAUAACACCAUAGAGCCAUACGCAAACAUGAAUGAGCACUGCCCCUCCCUACCUCCUACUUAUAUUAGACCUAGUCAAUGCUAAGGAGUCGUAAGUGUAUAUUGAAAGAAUCAUGAUACACAGCACUGGCUUUUUCUUUGAAUCACGGUAGCUGAAUAAGUUAUUGUACAUAGUUGUGCAUCAAUUCUGUAACUGUACUCUCAUAAUACAAUUGUGUUAUUGGU